UGGGUGUUCUGCUCGCCUCCGCGUUGAACGCGACCCCGAUGCACGCGGCGGCCCAGCGAGACGACGCCUUGACGAGCACGGCGACCCCGCCGCACGUCGCCGCCGUGCGAGGCCAGGCAGCAGCAGCGCGCCCGCUGCUACAGCAUCACGCCUUGGCGGCGCGAGCAGACGCCCAGGGCAACCUGACAUGUGCCAACUGCGGGCUCAACCAGAAGACGUCGACCACCUCCUGCUGUCACGUGCCCGGCAGCUGGCUAAACAGAUGCGCAACGACCGGAAAUACGAACGCGAGUCAUCCCUACACGUGGAAACAGGGCGUCAAAGCCUGCCAGGGGCGGGCCAAGCCACUCGUCGGUGCCAUGCCCCGCCUCGGAUUUAGAAACUACGUCUUCGUGCCCGACGCGGCCGCGAUCCCGUCGUUCGCUUCAUCGCAACGAUGCAGGCCGGGCGCCUGCCGGAGCGUGGUCCACCUCGCGCUCACGACACCGCCCACACGGCUAGAAUCAACAGGCGAGGCGGUGCUCCGCAGCUGGGCGUGCCUGAUGCGCGAUACGCAGCUGACAAUCCACGUUGCGUACACGCCGCCGCAAGGGGAAACACCCGGCUGGCUGCCCGCAAAUUUUAGUCGCGACUUGAGCAGGGUGCAGAGCGAGCUCAAUACGCGUUUUGUUAUCCAGCCCUUUGAUAUCGUCUCCCAGCUGCGCAACGUCAUCGGAGAAUAUGAGACGGCAAACACGUCGACGCAAGAGGCGCUUGCGUUUCUCACGCGCCUCCCUGAUUUUGCCAGAGAUCGAUCACUCGAUGAGGCGUUUGCUACUGGUGAUAGUGGAGCUCACGUCGAAAACGAGAGGAUGCGAUACAAAUUGUGGCCCAUUCAUUCCAGCGAUCUAAUCCGCUAUGUCCUGCUAUAUCGCUUCGGAGGCUUCUAUACCGACUGGGAUAUCGUGUUGGGCCUGACGAGGGCAAUAUCCAUGCUAAACUUGCACAUCAUCGGAUAAAUGGCGCAAUCAUGGGCACCCCCCCUAGACAUCCUUGGAUCAGGGCCUGUAUCCAAGAGUUCAUACGCAUAUACCCAGUAGUAGGCUCGACACCUGGUCCAAAAUUUGGUCUAUACGGUCCUAUGCUCAUCACGCGCGUCACUCAUCGUGGGGAAUGGGACACCCAGGGGCUGACAAUACUACCCGCGCACGUGUUUCAACCGCUGGCUGCAGGGCGAAGGACGCGGGCUUGUAUGGACGAAGGCUCUUUCCCACACCUUAGACCUGCGCUUCGGCGCUCGUACGCGGUGCAUCUGAACAACAAUGCUGGGAACAAGGGGCGCAGCCCAAGCAACGGGUCGCUUUGUGCCUGGUUAUUUGGACGGACAGUGUCAUCGAAGUCGUGCUCUAAUAAAUUUAAAGGAGCGCGGGAUGCUUUGGCUACUCAAGCAAAUUGAUGAUCAGGUCUGUCAGUCACAUACAUACAUGUUACAUCGCGCGCCCGUAAUUCUUUUUUCGACGGCUCUCGUUUUU